AUGGGCCAUUGCUUUCCAAUUCCUACCUGCUCCAGAAGCAUGGUUUGGGCCUCGGGGUCAUUGAUGUCCAAAAGUAUAUAUGUCGGACCUUCACAGAUCAGGAACUGUAUGAUUACGUCCUCUUCGACAAUGGUGGUGACUCGGUCAGCACUUUUGAGACGGUCCUCAAAGUCACAUAGGGGGAACCACCAGAAUUUGCACAUGGAUCUCCUGAAGUCAUGCUCCAAGCCAACAAUUCGCUGCGUGAAUUAAUGGGCAAGUACGGUCCCAGACUAGUGUCUAGCUUCUCAGUGAGCAGGCACUUUCAGAACGGUGGCACACGAAACCCUGACAAUCAGAUUGGUUACAUCCAGUUCACUGGGAAGGACAUUGAAAGGGCAAAGGGAAAAUUUGUUCGACUUGACGGGGGGAAAUUUGACGAGGACAACGUCGAAGUUGAGUUAGAGCAAUAUCUCGAAGGCCAAAGCGACCCCAAAAAGAAGCUUUUUGCUGUGCCCCCCACCGACCAACGCAGCCACGACGGGCCCGGAAGCUCGGGCCAGGUCGCCGCAUCCACACAGAGAGAUGCAGCGAAGAAGAAAUCUGUGGAGGGGAAACAUUCAAUGGUACUGUUGGGUGGCCGUCACGGCGCAAGUGAGAACAAGGACUACUUUUUGCUUCAAAAUUGGUGGAGCGCUAUGCAACUUGUGGAGGUUGAUGUGGACUAUUUGGAAAAGUCUGGUGCAUCUCUUUACUUCGUCAAGCCAGAACGCUUCGACCGCGUAAGUGAAGUGAACUUGGAAGAGUGCUACUCCAUGAAUCGCUACAUGGUAGCUGAGGCGUACAAUUUGGAUAGGGCGGAUACCAAACAUGGCUGCUUCAACCGGACCCCACGGGAACGCAACUAGGCGAAGGUUGGGAAAAUUGGUGGCGCUGUGAGCAAUGGAACUCAGUAGUACGAUGAGUCGACCCAGCACUAACAGCAACAAUAGAAUUGUGUUACUCAUGUCGAUUCGAUUGCCUUCGUUUGGUCAACAGCAACGAGAAGAGGCG